AUGCCCGACAAUGACCUCGAUAACCCGUCGUCCCGGUCCGUUUACUUUGUUUCCAACAGUUACGGUGAAAAUUUAUUAUCCAAGGUGGUGUCGGCAAAAAAUUCCACCCACGGUGAUUUAAGAACAUUCUGGCUUCUACAAGUUCACCUGAAGAGUUACCACGAUGGGAAUAAGGAUGGAAACCCCUUACUUAAUGCUCUGACGACCGGUCCCUAUUAUUUAUCAUAUUUGAUUGCCUUAUCAGCCGUUUUUCUUAUUGGUAUCGUGUUUUUACGUUGGUGGCGUAUUCGCCGGAUGCGGGAGGGUAUGGAGGAUCCUUUAUUUGCUGCCAAUGUUUAUGUGUUGCAACAACGUAAUCGCCCGGAAGCUAAUCCUCUCCCUGUGGAUAUCGUCAAUUCCUUGCCUACCGCAAAAUACAGUAUUGAAGCUGUGAAGAACUCCAGUUGCGUUAUUUGCCUCGAUGACUUUGUGGAAAACAAGACAGAUAUCCGUAUUUUACCUUGUGGACACGGUUUUUGCGUCUUGUGUAUCGAUCCUUGGUUGACUCAAAAGUCCACUCUCUGUCCGAUCUGUAAAUGGGAUUGUCUGCCGGCAGAACGACGAGAACAAACGGCGGCGGACCAACCCGCCGAUUUACCUCCGGCAGGGAAUCCAGCCGUGCCAGCAACUGGUCAUGAGGCACCUGAAAACAGCACAGAACGCAGCCCGCCAGAGCAUUUGGUUCACAGAGAAACAUCAGCAACAAUCACUGCAAACGAUGAAUCAGUGCAGCGAAAUCCCCGAGAUCCUCAUGAUACUAAUGAGACUCUGUCAAAUCCUACAACAAACUCAACACCAUCUCCGUUAACGGAUAAUAUCUCCACAUCACCGUCAGGUCAUACGUCUGCACAACAUGCGAAGCAUCAAUAG